CGGUCGCGUCUGCAAGGUAGCCAGAGUGAGUGAGAGAGUGAGAGAGAGAGGGCCAACGCAGAUAUUGAAAGUUCGGGGUCGAGAUAAGGGAGCGUUGUGCGGGUGAAGGGGGCUCGGCCGCUUGUUGCGGAGAGUAACGCGGCGAGGAGAAGGGAGCUCGCCGCCAAGGGGGAGAGAAACGAGAGAGAGGGGGGAUCAGGAGAGAGAAGCGAGGAGGAGGAGGAGAGUUCAGGACGAUCGAGGGAUCGUUGGGAUGGGUCGACUCGCAACGGGGCUCCUGCCGCUGCUCACGCUGGCGAUGGCUGCCACCUCGCUCUCCCACGGCAAACUGGUGUCACAGGUGGUGCCCACCGUGGUGAACCCCAACCUGCUGGGAGCCGUGACGCAGACGACGGUAGCGCUCCAGGCGCCCUUCUGCAGCGCCCUGGAUGCGGAGGUGGUGGCUCUCAGCUCGGUCUCCGCCGACCUGCGGCUCUUCGUGAUGGCCACGGCGCAACGCAACGUGAGUAACGAGAUGAUCACGAGCUCGUCGACGAUUGGGCUCGACAAGGGAUACGCGGGCUCGGGUGCGGGGACCAGCAGCUGGUACUUGGCUCUGGGAGGCCGCCCCCUACAAAACUGCACCAUCUCCACGCCGUCUCUGUCGACGCCCACCAGCUACUACCGCGUGGGCGCCGACUCCAAGUGCAGCGUGGCGGUCACGUGCAACGGGCCACUCAAUGCCGGCACCAUCUACUGGUUCAAGUACAUCAUAGGAACGGUGGCUACCAACGGGGCCAUCGACCGCUCUUACCUCGAGUCUUCCUGGUCAAAACCCAUCCGGCUGAACAAAGCCGGUGACCUCAACGCGAUUGGCGUGACCCCUGGGCCGCGGUCGGGCGGCAUGGUGGUGGUGACAGUCAUCCUGGUCGUGCUCCUCUUCAUCGCGUUGAUCGGGGCCGGCCUGCUCUUGGUCAUCAGCAGGCUCCUGGAGCAAGGUGGGCCCGACGUGGAAAAGGCCCCGAUGAAGACCAAAGAGGCGGCCCGCGAUCCGAACAACCAAGGCCGCAACACCGACGAGGUCGAUGGCCGCCGCAACGCAGGCUUCGCUGCCGAGCUAGGCCCCGGGCACACGGUUGCGACCCCCACCGACAGCGGACUGGACACGUUCUCCCCCAGAGACUCCUUCCGCAUGCAGGUGCUGCAGCAGGAGCAGCAGGUGCAGCAGCGAGAGGGCAGCAAGAGAGUCGGGCAGAGCGGUGUCGACGGAGAUGACCUCUACUCGACAGCCAUCACUCUGCCCAAGGCCAUGGCCUAAAUCUAGGGUCGAAGCAAGAAGGCAAACUCGAGUUGCGCUGCAGUUGAACUUCCAUUGGCGAUCGUGCUCGCACGCUGCAAGGCACGAAGAGGGCAUUAUAGUCCUGCAGGGUAUCUCAGUAUCGGAUAGUAAUGCAAAUGCAGUAUAAUAGCAGAACUUUAUAUAUAUAUAUAUUUUUAAACGGUUAUGUAGGUAAACGGUAACUUUGACGUGUGACAAAUAUAAAUACAUCAUAUACUAGCGUAUGAUUUCUAACCACUGCCAAGAGUACAUCAAUGAUUGGAAACACCUGAUACGCUCUCUGUAAAGCAGUGUUCGAUUACUUGCUAAGAUGGCUCGAGCGAAGUUCACUUUCGACCAAUAGCUCUGUCGGUCAACGCCAGCCUCCAGCAUUGUGACGUACACCAUCUCAACGCAUUGUCGUCACAAUUGGCAGCGUAUAUCGGUACUGCUAUUGUAUAAUAAUAUACAUAGCAUCAUUGGGCAUGCCCGUAUUUACCGGUAUUGCAAGUCUCGGUGUCUGCAGUACUGGACAUACUUGCAUUUGUGUCUUAGCAUUAAACGCUGCGAGGUGUAGAGGCCACGGUCGCAAGCACACUCAAGGAUGCCAAGCCAUCAACACAGUAGAGUGACAAGCAAUGUAUUAGGAGACUGGCAGGCGUUGUUGUUCGAAUAUGAAUCGGCAAAUUCUAAAGCAACCUCCAGGAAUUGAUGCAUAUAUAUGUACGUUGAACUUCUUUUGCACCGCACGUAGCCAGCCGUGCUAAUCGGAGGUGCGGCGGAAGGACAAGAGUCAUUGGGUCUCUGUGUGAUGAAU